GAAUCCAACGAAUUUAACGUUUCUAUAAACCUGGUGCAUACCGUAUACCUUGAUGCGUUAUAAAACAACCCUAAACUUAACCACUAAGACUUCAUCUAGGAAAUCCCUGCAUAUAUUACACAAGUUUACAAAAACCAAAACGCAAUACAAUAUACAAAGACAGAUUACAGGAACGCCGGCGAUGGAUCUGGAGGCGUUGCCAGAAGGAUGCAAAGCCACCGUGGCCUCCUUAACGACACCUCCAGACGCGUGCAGGCUUUCAGCGGUGUCUAGGGGUUUCCGGUCGGCCGCUGAAUCGGACGCCGUUUGGGACAGGUUCCUUCCACCUGAUGUCUACACGAUCCUCGGCAAGUCCUCCGUACAGCCUCAGUCUCCCUCCUCCCUCCCAGUCCCUCCUUGCUCUUCUUCUUCUUCCAGUUGGAAAUCCAAGAAGGGGCUUUUUCUCUCUCUAUGUGACAACCCGGUCCUCAUCGAUCAUGGGAAGAUGAGCUUUUCGGUGGACAAAUGGAGUGGGAAAAAAUGCUAUAUGAUAUCUGCAAGGGAGCUUAUGAUUACUUGGGGCGAUACUCCUCAAUAUUGGGAAUGGAUUUGUCUGCCUGAAUCCAGGUUUGACGAGGUGGCUGAGGUUGUGCAUGUUUGGUGGCUUGAAAUUCGUGGGAAAAUUGAUACGCGCAUCCUGUCCCCAGCCACAACAUACGAAGCUUAUCUCGUGUUCAAGUUGAGGGAAGGGGCAUACGGAUUUGAGGUGCCUGUAAAGGUCACAACAGGAGAAGAUGGAGAGUCCCCAAUUGACAAUAAGAACAGUACUGUGUUUCUGGACCCAGAAGCCGGAAGAAGAAGGCAGAAGAAGAAGAAGAACAACAGAAAAAAAGAAGAAAUGCAUCGGUUUCCGAAGGAAAGAGCGGACAGCUGGUCGGAGGUAAAACUGGGUGAGUUCUUCUGCCCAGGAGGAGGGGAUGGGAAGUUAACGGAGAUGACAUGUAAGGAGGUGGCUGGUGUAUUAAAGGCUGGCCUCAUUGUUCAUGGGAUUGAGGUCAGGCCCAAAAAGGACAAAGUAGAACAUUUGCUAUCACAUGAAUUGUCAGCAACAUGAGAAAGACUUACAUGUAUUGAUGCCAUUUAGUUGGCACCCAAAGUGGAAUUAACAAUUCAAAAUUGAAUGCACCCAAAUCCUAAUGUUUGAAAA